UUAGUUUAUUUUUUUUCAUUCAAAUUUUCAAUUUCUCAGCCUCUUUUCCUGUUUCUUCGUUUCUUUCUGAAUAUUUAAAUUUUUCGUUUUAAAUCCUCAGCAUUGAAACCAAAAACUGAUCUUCGAAUAGCAUCGCAAAGACUCAAAACCACCCCAAAAUAAAAAGACUCACCCUUUUGAAUUCUGAAGCCAGAAAAUCCAAUUUUUUAGGCUCUCACAAAAACGGGUGGAGAAAAAAAAAACUUGAACACUGAACCUACGUUGAAGCUGAAAGUGGUUGAAAGGGGGUUAUGGAGAGUUCCGUUGGGGGAGAGAGGAGUGGACGCGUGGCACUAUCAGAGGUGGUGGCAGAUUGUGUGAAACGGUGGUUCAGAGAUGCACUGAAAGAGGCCAAGGCAGGGGACAUAAACAUGCAAGUGUUGGUGGGUCAGAUGUACAACAGUGGCUAUGGGGUUCCUAGAGAUGCUCAGAAGGGAAGAGUUUGGGUUACCAAAGCAUCAAAGGCUAGGUCUUCAGUUUGGAAAGUAGGUGAUAAGCACCCAGGUUAUAAUGCAAGUGACUCUGAUUCGGAUGAAUUGAAGGAGGAUUCAUAAGCAAGCGUAAUUUGGUUUUGUGCUUAAAAUUAUGGAAGGUCUGCCCGGCACCUUACCUAUGCAAUAGCCAUCGUGGAUGUUUGUGUAACUUGCAGUUUAAAAUCUAGUUUUUGAUUUGUGUAUGAUUUGCUAUUCUAAUUUUAUUUUUUUGGGUUCUAUAGAGGGAAGGAAAAAUGAUUUAAUGCUCAUAGUUUGGAGGACAUGUAUAAAAUUAUUUUGGGUAUCGUUACUGUCAUGUUAAAUACUUGAAUAUAAUUUGUCUUAGAUUAUGUUCAAAAUUAGUUGAUAA